AUGACCAAUAAUAUUGUAACUUUGACGAGAAUGCUUGAUUAUGUUUUGAGGAAAUCCAAUGAUUAUGACAACAUUAAUAUCGUUAUUGGCAACGAAAGCUGCGAUCUAGAUUCAGCGGUUUGCUCCAUUGUCUACGCUCUAUAUUUAAAUUGGCAACACAAUCAGAUAAAAUGCAAGGUAUGCACGAAAGACAAACGUGGUGCUUCAUCCAAAGACGAUAUAUUCAUCCCGAUAUUAAACAUGGUCAGACAGGAUUUUGCUCUCAAAACAGAGGUCAUGUAUCUUUUCAAUAAACUGGGAAUCACAGAAGGUGAUUUAAUUUUUAGAAACGAUUAUGAUUUGUGCAGUUUGCUACGAGAUUCUAAGUGCAACGUGGUUUUGGUAGAUCAUCAUGUACUGGCUGCUAAUGACGUUUUUCUGUCAGCCUUUGUCACCGAGAUCAUUGAUCACAGACCACUAGAUAAAUCAAGGUGGACCUACAAAGGCGAUACAAGAUUAAUCAUUGAGAUAGUCGGUUCAUGCGCUACCCUUGUAACACGUCGAAUCAAAGAGAUGUGCUUACUAUUAGGAAAGGAAUUCCAGUUCUUCAAAGACCACAUGCCCUGUAGUCAAAUGCUGUAUUCAACAAUCAUCCUAGACACGGUGAAUUUCUCGAAAGAAUUCAAUAAGGGAACACCAGAGGACGAGGAAAUGAUUGACUUGCUGGAGCGAGUUUUGAUGAUUGAAAAUCCCAUUGACGAAAGGCAACGGGUAUUGGAUGAGCUGACAAAGGCCAAAAGUGACGUAUCGAAAUUAACGGCGUCACAAUUGCUCAGGAAAGACGUGAAAAUCGUCGAAGACGUAUUAAUACCCAGCUUCCCGAUGUUAGUGGAGGAGUUCCUACGGCUGGAUGAUGCUGUUGACGCUGUAAAGGAAGUCUUGAGCCAGCGCGAGUGUUUAGUAGCUUUGCUGCUAGGAAUGGAUCUGACAAGUGGAAUGAAGAGAGACAUGGCGGUGAUGUCCCCGAACAAUGAGAAUCUGGCCGAAAAGCUCGAUUCGUUUCUCGUUGAAUGGUCGUCGCCGUCGUUCGAGCUGCGCCCGCGUGACGGUGCGGUCCGUGGACAGCUGCGCUUGUCGGCGACCCGCAAACAGUACGUGCCGGUCGUGCAGGAGUUCUUUCGGUCGCUAUAAUAAAUGAAUCCCAACUAA